AAAGAAUUGUUUUUACUUUAAGUUUUGAGAAUUUAUGAAAAAAUUUAAAGAAAAAAAUGGAUUUAUACUUAAUCAAAAUUUUAACGUUGAACAUUUUUUUAUCAGAAGUAUUAACUUUUUCGUGCUUCCGUGCUUUAUGUAAUUCAGGUACUAAAUCUAAUACAGCAUUAGAAACUGAAAAUGAAAGUGCUACAUCUAAUACAGUUACAGUAUUAGAAACCAAUAAUGAAGGUGCUACAUCUAAUACAGUUACAGUAUUAGAAACCAAUAAUGAAGCAUUAGAAACUGAAAAUGAAAGUACUACAUCUAUAUUUAUCUAUGAAACAGCAUUAGAAAUCGAAAAUGAAGAUUGUCCUAUUUGUGCAUGCGAACUUUCCUCAGUAAUUAGAAAACAUGAUUAUUGUGGUAGGAAGUUUCAUAAUGCUUGCAUCUUCAAAUGGAUAUUUAUGAAAUAUAACCCAACUUGUCCAAAUUGUCGAAAAUCAUUAACUAAUACGUGUAUUGUUUGUAAGCAUCCAGUACCAGCAGAUAAUAGAUUUAUUUAUCAAACAACGUGUUGUAAAAAAUAUAUGUGUAACAUGAAUCGUAAAUGGUAUGAAAAAUUUUGGAAGGGUGAAUGUAAAUAUUGUAACAAAAUUUAUGAAAAUGUGUGUAGUGAUUGUAAGAAUCCAAUACCGACAGAUAAUAGAUAUAUUUAUCAAACACAGUGUUGUGAAGAAUAUAUUUGUAAUGACUGUCGUACACAUCAUGAAAAUACUUGGAAGGGUGAAUGUAAAUAUUGUAAAAAAAUUUAUGAAAACGGAUUAGAAUGGAAACAAACUCGUGUUCCAGUAACAAUAUCCAUUAGAGCAACUCCGUGUAGAAUUUGCUAUAAAGAAGAAGCUUUCCAUAGUUUUUCCUCAGAGUGCAGUCAUUGGUUUUGCAAAGAAUGCCUUGAAAAUUCUUUACAAAAGAAAAAUUACUGUCCAAUUUGUUAUGAAGUUUAUGAUGAAAAUUAUGAGAAUAUAUAAAAUUUUAUUUAAGAGUGUUAUCCAAAAAUAAUAUUUUUUAAUUUUAAUGUUAAAUUACAUUGUUUAUUGUACAAGAUG